AUGGAUGAAAUCGAGCUUAUUUCAAGGGAAAUCAACGGGGCGUUAGAACAAUAUUUCGACUUCCCUAGGAAAGGCGUUCUUUACGAGGACUUCUUGCCAGUAUUCAGAUCUUCUCGUCUAUGUAAGGGGAUGGCACGGGCAUUUGCAAAACACAUAGAACAAAGAGGCUUGAAGGUUGAUUACGUGGUUGGACUUGAGGCAAAAGGGUUUUUGAUAGGACUGGCAAUUGCUCUGGAAAUCGGCGCAGGAUUCGUGCCCGUGAGAAAGCAGGGAAAAUUACCUGGAAAGUUGGCAUCUGCACCAUAUAAGAAGGAGUAUGGGUCGGACAUUUUCGAGAUCCAGAUUGACUGUAUGCCCAAGGGAUCAAACGUCGUUGUUGUGGAUGAUGUUCUUGCCACAGGGGGAAGUGCUGGGGCCGCAGGAAAGGUAGUCGAGGCUUGCGGUGUGAAUAUUGUUGAAUUCCAGUUCGUGAUGGAGAUAGUGGAACUUGGUGGGGCCAAGGUAUUGGGGUCUCCGACUUUUUCGUUGUUGAAAAGAUGA